AUGGAAAGGAAAGAAAAUAAAAUGAUGGUGGCUAUGGUGGUGGUUGUUUUGGGGCUAAUGGUGCAGGGAAGCAUGGGGUUUCCCUGUGGGAGCACAUUCUUCUCGGCAUUGGUCCAACUGAUUCCUUGUAGGGCAGCGGUUGCACCCUUUAGCCCCAUUCCUCCAAAUGACGCUUGCUGCACUGCCAUUAGGGUCUUGGGCCAACCUUGUUUGUGUGUGCUGGUUAAUGGCCCUCCUAUCGCUGGUGUUGACCGUAGCAUGGCUAUGCAACUUCCUGAGAAGUGCAAUGUCAAUUUUGGACCAUGUGAAAUGAUGAAGGAAGAACAUCGGACGUAGAGAGCGAUUUGGUUCUACAUUUUCACUUGAAUUGAACAGAAUAAAGACAUCCCAAGCUGUUGGUAAGGUGCUAAAUAAAUCAAGGCUUAUGCAUAAGAGCCCCAAGUAGCUUGUAUUAGUUUCUCUAGUUUUUGUUAAUUAGCUUUAUAAUUUUGCUUUAUUUCUACCAGUCCACUUGUAUUAAGAACUUUCAAUGUAUCUGUUUUAGUUCACUAAUUACUUAUUGUAGCAACAUUUCAGCA